AUGAAUACAGACGACGCAAAGAUCCCUAAUGACGAUGGAAAUUGGCGAUCCAUUGAGAUAUACUUGUUCUCAAACGGCCAGCAGUACUCACCCCCAAGGAAAUAUCAUUUGGACGCUGAGGAACUCGACUGGCAUCCCCAAAUAUAUUUGUACACAAUUGACGGGCAUCUGGUGCAGGGUCCACUUGAGCUCGAAGAUGGCCAGGCUUACGUUGCCGUCCAACCACCAGAAGAGUUCAUUGAUGCUGGCUAUCAGAAAUACCUUAUGAAAGCUUCAAAGUCCUGGGAAAAGCGACAAGCGAGAAAGAAAGCUGGCGAGGACUUUACCUGCAAUAUAAAAGAUAUUGACAAGUCGGAAUCCAUUGAACUUUUAAUGCCCGCUACUAAGCAAACGGACCAGAGCUCGCUAAAUGAAGAGUUUGUGACAACCGUUUAUCCUAAACCUGAAACGCGCAUUUGUAACACCAAUGAUAAUGAAGGUUUUCUUAAUAAAUCUGAAACCGAAAGUCAGUCUGCACCAAACAAGGUUAACGAAAAUGAGCAAUAUGACAUUAAACCUUCUAAACAACAUCCAGGUACCGACAUUAAAAAAGGUGAUGAAAAUUCGAAUGACAGUAGUAACCAGAAACUUGAUUCCUCUAGACAAAGGAACUCUGAAGGAGUUCAGGAUACCGAUUAUUAUGGAGAACCAAAUAAUAAUGAUCAAUGGACAAAUAAAAUUGCCGCAAAGUCAAAAGCAGGUGAAAAAGAAAGGAAGCGAAGUUUUAAUGAAAGAUUUGAAAUGGAAGCUGAACGGGUACUAGGAUCUAUAGACAGUGGAUUUCAAAAAAGAAAGUAUGAGAAACCUUUGGAAGAUUACGAUUCGGGAGAACGUACUACCGGUUCUAUAUGCACUCAAGGUACAACACGGUCAUUAACUCAUAAACCUAGAUUAAGUGAUGGAAGUAGAACCGGCCAACAAAUUACUAGAUCAGGUGAAUAUGGAUCCAAAGAACGUGGAAACGUAACUAAGUUAAACAAAGUUGAACCAAUAUCGGGACAAAAUGACAAAACUGAAGCUAAAAUGGACAUGUUGAAAGCCCGUAGGAAUAAGCAAGAAAAUAUUCCAAAUGACCAAAAAGUUUUAACUGUUGAACAAAUAAAUACAAGGACUGAAGAUUUAAAAGACGUAGAAGAUGAUCGUGAAAACCGAAGAGAAAGAGAAGAAAUACCUGAAAAAAACUAUAGCAAAACCAAGACAAAUGAAUUUAAAUUAGAGGAAGAAUUUGCAGAUGUAAGAGAUAAAGGCCAAAAAAGUGAACUAAAAAGGAAUGGUGUUGAGUAUAAAUCUCAGCCUAGUAACCAAAAAAGCACUCAAGAUGAAUACAUACGCAAGUUGAGUCAACAAAAACCUAGAGACGAAAAUAUUAAUGAAUACAUUAAAGCAGAAAAUAAAAGUGAGAGGAGAAUUAGUGAACAACAAAACAACAAUAUUGUGUAUAAAAGUCAGUCUAGUGAACAGAGAGGCGGUGAAAAUGAAUACAUACGUAGGUCCAGUCAACAAAAACCUACGAACGAAAGUAAAGUAAGAGAACCAAGAAGCUCAAAGAAUGAAAAUGUAAGUGAAAACAAUAACACGAAAAAUAAAAAUGAGCACAAAACAAGUAAACUCAAUAGCAAUGAUCUUGCAAAUAAGGGUCAACCUCGUGAAAAGAGUGCCAAGGAAAAUGAAUACAUACGCAAAUUGAGUCAAGAGACACCUGAAGGACCAAGAAGCUUUCUCAAUAAAAAAAUAUCUGAAUACAAUAACACAAAAAAUAAAUUUGAGCGGAAAAUUAGUGAACCAAAGAGCAAUAGUUAUCAGUGUAGAGGUCAGCUUAGUGAGCAGAGAGGUAGAGAAAAUGAACAUUUACGAAAGUCGAGCUUACAAAAACCUAGAAACGAAAUGCGUGGAAGUCAAUCAAGAGACCCAAGGAGCUCAGUGCUUGAAAAUAUAAGUCAGUACUAUAAAACAGAAAAUAAGUAUGACCAGAGUAUAAAUGAUAAGGGACAAAAUGAUAUUGAGUAUAAAGACCGACCUAGUGAACAGAAAGAUGAUGAGGCUGAAUACGUACGUAAGCUGCGUCAACAGAAACCUACAAACGAAAUGCAUAGAAACCAAGCAGGAGAAGUGCCAAGAAACUCAGGGAAUGAGAAUUCAAGAGAAUAUAAUAAUGUUAAAAAUAAAAAUGAGCAAAGAACGAGUGAACUGAAAAGUAAUGGUAUUGAAUACAAAGGUCAACCAAGCGAACAGCGAGGAAGAGAAAAUGAAUAUAUACGCAAGCUAAGUCUGCAGAACCCUAGAAACGGAAUGAAUGGAAGCAAAGUAGGAGAACCAGUAAGAGAAAGAGUUAAUGAAAACAAAGCCAGAAUAAACAAGACUAGGACGAAAGAUCCUGGACGGAAUAAUCAAAUGAGUAUGCAGAAAAUUAAAGAAACUGAUCCUGGAUCGAGAUUUGAUGAAAGUCAGAGCAAAAGAGGUGAUAUUCGGAUCAGGGGCAGUAGUGGGCCCGAUACCGAAAGGAAAAGCUCGGUUUUAAAAACAGCUGAUGUUCGUACCAAGCCAUUUAUGCCUGAAGCUAGAACAAGUAUUAAAGAAAAAAUUUGUUCCAAACCUAAGUUGGGAGUAUUGCCCGUGCAAGAAGAUGAAACGCCAUUAGGUGAUAUUGACAUUAACGAUAAAAUAGGUGGACCGAAUACUAUAGUAAAUGAUGUCAACAACAGAACUUUUGAGCCCGCGAUAAGACUAGACAAUAUAGGGGAAAACGAGGUUGCAGAAAUUACUUACAAUACUGAAACACAACGACAUGAAUGUAAAAGAACUUCAUCUACAAGAAAUUCAUGGAAUAAUUAUCCAAAAACUCAUAUGUCUAUAAAUCAAAAUCCUUUUUCGAAAGUACCAAAUGAAUCAGAAGAGAAAAUAGUCACAAAAGAUAAUACAUAUGACUUUAUUUCUCAUAAACUUGAAAAACAAAAGCCGAUUGCCAAAUAUCCAAUCAAGCAAACUACUGCUCCUGAGGUUUCAUCACCAAGGAUGGAAAUUAAUACUCAGGACACUAAUCCAAAAUUGAUAUCAAAUUUAGAAAACUUAUCAACAGAUAUUAUUCCUAAAGAAAAUGUUAACGGCAAUACAGAAAUAAUAACAGUCUCUACAAAUUUGUUUAGAAAUACAGUUAGUGAAAUAGCCUCUAUGAGAUUAAAUUCGGUUAAAGACGUAAUUGGUGAUAUUAAAGAUGGUCCGGACCAAGUGAAAAAGGAACUUAUCUCUAUUCAGCAGAGCGUCGCAUCUAUUCAUGUCAACGAAGGAGUUCAAACGUAUGCAGAAGUUUGUGACGCAGCUGAGCAACACGGACACGGGGUAGUUGAAUUUAAUACAACGAAAAUGCAGCGGACAUUACCUAACUUACGAGACAGUAUGGUCGCUAUUAAUGAUAAAGAAAACAUCAUAUCAAUUUUAAAUAAGGGAGACAUAUUCAAUUUUAAAUUGAACAUUGAAGUUAUAAAUGGAGAAUCGUCCCAAAAUGCUACCCGAAAAUCCAGGUCAUUAACAAAUAUAGCUGCUACAGAUAGAGGAUCUCAAGUAAUGAUUGAGGACGAUUUAUAUGUGCAAAGCAAAUCACUGCAAUCAUUCCUCAAUGAAGAAACUGGUAAUGGAAGUGGUUUUGAGGGUCACCCCAAAGUAGUGGUUGUCCAGUGUGCUUGCUGUGACGGACUAAAUAACACACCUCUAUCCGAUCUACCGGCAUGUUGUGACAGUAAAAAGUAUUUUGUAUUAUUGCCAACCUGUCCGCAUCGUAUUGAAGAUAGAUGCAAUUGUGGGACUCCGCAUCAGCCACUUCCAUCAACACUGCAGCAUGAUGUAAAACAAAUGAGCAGUUUUAUUCCAAUUAAAAAGGCUUAUUCGAAUAUGGAAUUAGAGACUACUGGAACAAAUAAAAAUGACACAGAAAGGUCGAUUGCGUUGAUAAACUCCACUUCCCAAACAGACGAUGCUAAAAGUGAAAGUCAAGUGACUAAACGUAAAGUCAGUAUGACUGAAGACAGUUUGAAAUUCGAGUUUAGAAAAGAGAGCAUUUCUCAGAUGUCUGUUGCAAACCAUGCAGUAACCAGCUCCUGCCGCACACUGUUUCCUCAAACAAACGUACAACAAACAGAGGAUCCUGUAACUUUGCAACCACCCUCGCAGUCACAGGUUGGUUCGAAAAUAUCUCGAGGUGUGCUGAAACAGUGCUUACAAGCUUCCCCAGACACUUUUACUCAAACGGCGUCACAAACUUGUCCCCAGACAUUGCCUCAGUUUAGAUCGCAAAUAUGUUCACAAGAGCAGUCAAAACACUGUCCCCGAGUGCAGUCACAAAACCGGCUGCAGGAACAUUCACAAAAUAAUUCUCCAGUACAAUUAAAAUGUUGCCCACAUACGUGUCAUCAAGUGCAAUUCCAAGGUUGUCCGCAAAUCUGUCCUCAAAACCAAAGACGACAGCAGGAACAACCACAGAACCUUCACCAAACACAUUCGCAAGCACAGUCACAAGCAAAAUCUCAAACUUGCCCAUCAGUACAAAUAGAGGACUCCACACGAGUCCCGGCGCAAUCAUGUCGUAAAGGUGAACCAUUGCAGUCCCAAGAAUGCUCGCAACCCGAAGUAGCAAAGACUUGUCUCCAAUUGCAGCCGCAAAGAUGCCCAAAUAUAUGCCCAGAACAGAAAAUCCCACGAGAUGGUCCACCAGAGCAAUCCACGGAUGUAUUUCCUAAAGUAUGCGUGCAAAUGCAGUCCAAAGUAGGCCCAUCAUUGACUGCACAAGCAACGCCGCAAAUUUGCUGUAGGCCAGUUCGACAGAAUGUAUCUCACACACAUACACAGACGCAGUGGUGCGGUGUAAUGUUGGAAGCUCGACUCCACGAAGACGGGCGAUAUUCAUUUCAUCUGCCGCCGUUACACAUUUUGAAACAUUUCCCGUUUUGA